AUGUGGGUGUUUGGCUCAGAGUGUUACAUUUGUAACUAUGAUCAUAAGAAACUAGACCCUAGGUGUAUGAAAGGAGUAUUUGUCAGUUAUGAUAAGAACAGCCCAGCCCACCUUGUUUAUCACCCACAGUGUGGUAAAGUCAUGAAACACAGAUUAGUAAAGUUUAUUAAGAAUACCAGUGCAGAACAAUGCACACAGACUGAAAUUGAUGAUCUAGGCCUUUGUAGAAAGGAGGAAAAUGAAAUUUCCCCAAAUGAUGUUCAGGGACAGGAAAAAGAUUUUCCUGAACCUGAAAAAAUUGUUGAAAACUUAGAUUUAGGCGAAGGGCCACAGUUAGGUGUUGAAGAUAGUAAAGAGGUUGAAGAUGAUCAUGAGGCUAAGGUUUAUCCUCAGAGGGAGAGAAAAGCCCCACAAUAUUUAGGAGUCAAUAAUUCAGCCACGUACACUGAAGCUAUGGAGUCCACUGAAGCUUCAGGUUGGGAGAAGGCCAUGAAAGGUGAGAUGGAAGCACUCAAGGAGAAUGACACGUUUGAAUUAACCACCUUACCAGAGGGUAAGAAUUUAGUGGGGGGAAGAUGGGUCUAUACCAUCAAGGAGGAUGCAAAUGGUUUGGAAACAUUGAAAGCAAGAUAUGUUGCAAAAGGGUACAGUCAAGUGCAUGGUAUUGACUAUGAGGAAACUUUUUCCCCAACUGCCAACAUUACAUCAAUCACAAUCCUUAUGCAACUUGCUGCUCAAUAUGAUCUUACUGUUCAUCAGAUGGAUGUCAAAACAGCUUUCCUUCAUGCCCCUAUUGACCAUGAAAUAUUCAUGGAGCAGCCUAUGGGCUUUGAAGAGUUGUCAGAGAACGGUGUCAAAUUAGUCUACAGGUUGAAGAAAUCUCUUUAUGGUCUUAAGCAGUCGGGUAGGAACUGGAACAGGGUGUUAGACGAGUACUUGAUAAGUGAUGGAUUUGUUAGAAAUCCAGUCGACCAUUGUGUUUAUCAAAAACAAACAGGUGAAGAUAUCAUAAUUGUAGUUAUAUGGGUUGAUGAUCUGAUUAUAGCUUCAAGUAACACAGAUAAGAUCAGACAAUUCAAGGAAAACAUGAAAUCUAAAUUCAGGAUGAAGGACUUGGGAGAAAUUUCUUAUUUCUUGGGCAUUAGCUUUAAACAAGGAAAUGGAGUUAUUAAAAUGAAUCAGAAAAGAUAUAUUCAGAAGAUACUAGAUAGAUUUGGUAUGUCUGAUUGUAAGCCUAGAACAACCCCAUGCGAGCAGAGAUUUGAGGGCAUGAGUGAUAGUGAACAGGUAGACCCAAGGAGAUAUAGAGAGAUUGUAGGUAGUCUGAUUUACUUGAUGACAUGUACCAGACCAGAUAUUAGUUGGGUGGUUAGCAAGCUAUCUCAAAAAUUGUCAUGUCCCAGGUUGGAAGAUUUAGUGUGA